AUGCCGUCGAAACGGCCCAUCAAGCCCGCCGUUAACGUUGAGCACCUCAACCCCUCCUCAGCCACAGGAGGAGGAGUACUUGGGUCAUUACCAGACAUCGAGGAGCAGCAUGCCAAAACCGAAGAUGAUGAUUCCGCCUCGGCCGCGCUGAGUCCAAUCACCCCGACCACCAACAAAAAGCGGCGAGCGUCCAAGCAGCCCGCGUCAUCGGGCUCCGGCGAGGGAGGGCCCUCGUCAGGUGGCGUGAAACGGACACGGACAAACACGCCGUGGACGGCGACGGAGGAGCAACGACUCAAAAGUAUGAGGGAUGCUGGUAGUUCGUGGAGUGAUAUUGCAAAGACGUUUCCGACGAGGACGGAGGGCAGCGUAAAGAAGCACUGGUACAAGGAUAUGCACUAUGCAGAGUUUGCUGAAGAUGAGAGUGCGGCCUUGCUUGCAGCUAUCAAAGAAUAUGAUGCAAACAAAUGGAAGGUUAUCGGCAGCAAGGUUAAUAAGCCGGCAAAGGCUUGCGAGCAAUACGCAAAGGAACAUUUCUCGGGAAAGUAA